AGGUCUUGUCCCACUCCCAUCCCAUUCCAACUCCCCUCGUCUCGUCACCUACUCACCUCGUUCCCGACCACGCCAGCCAUGGACGCCCUGACGCGCCUCCACCGCUCCCUCGUCGGCGGCGACGACGACGAGGAUCCGCCGGAGGACUCCAUCCUUGCUGACACCGAGGGCCUCUGCUCCCUCUCCCCUCUCCAGAGGAUCUACGCCUUCGCGGCAUGCUUGGUGGCCGGACUCGCCCUCAUGAUCUUGUCUUUUAUUGUCUUCGUGAGACCUAUCAAGUUUGCAGUCAUGUUUACGUUUGGAAACAUAUUGGCAGUUGGGAGCCUUUGUUAUGGGGCCACAAAAACAGAUAAGGAUGAUGUUUGAUCCAGUUCGUCUGUAUGCGACAGCUAUUUAUGUUGGAUGUGUUGUUUUGGCUCUAAUCUUUGCUCUUUGGAUUCAUGACAAGCUGCUAACGCUGAUUGCAAUCAUAUGUGAGAUCUGUGCCCUAUUUUGGUACAGUUUGAGCUACAUUCCAUUCGCGCGAAGGAUGGUUUCUGACCUGAUGGUGAAGUUAUGUGACACUGAACUUUGAGCUGCUGCGGGUAACAUAGCACUCUUCGGGGUCUGUGAAAUCAGGGAAUAGAAUGGGUGCUUGGUCCUUUGCCCAUUUCCUUUGGGUUUAACAUUGUUUCGUAAACUACGAGCUAGCAUGGUACUUAUUUUGUGUAAAAAUGAAUGCCACAAUGCAGUAUUUUGUAAAGCUUUUACUGCAUGCUUAAAACAGAGAUUUCUGGUCUUGUCUAGAGAAUAAUUUUAGAAAAAAAUAAAACUAGUUUCAUAUUUUUUGGAGCUAAA